AUGAGCGCCGUCGCCCAUUUUCUCGUUCCCCAGAUCCAAGCGCCGACCGACGACGAGAUGAGCGAAACAAAGAGUCAAGGAGCUCCCGACGACGAGAUGAUGACCGUGAAAGCUCUCGUAAACACAGCCCGCGGCGAAGGUCAUCUCGUAGCAUAUCAAGAGACGGAAGGGCCCGUGACAAUCGCGAUCGACGCUAUCGCGAACGCAGAGACAGAUCAACUAGCUCCGCGGACGAGCGACGCCCACAUCGCAGUCACCGAAGUCACCGACGCCGUGACGACCGCGAUCGAGACGAAGAAAGAUCGUCCAGAAGACAUCGCAGCCCCCGCCCCAGAUCACGCUCUCCGCGAAAAUCACGCAGCCCCCAGCGCGCAUUACAACGAAUCCGGCGACAAUCCUCUACCAGAGAAGCAGAAGCCAAAUUACAAGAACAGCGGACGACUUGCAGCCGAAACCAACACAAUUCAAGUGGAAGGUGGCGAAGGAAUCGUGUUGAAAUACCACGAACCUCCAGAGGCUCGCAAACCACCAGCCAAGGAGCCCUGGCGGCUCUAUGUCUUCAAGGGAGAUGAUCUACUGGAGAUGGUCGAGCUGAGCGAGCGAAGCUGCUGGCUGAUUGGUCGUGAAAGGGCGGUGGUCGAUUUUCCUCUGGAUCACCCCAGCUGCUCCAAGCAGCACGCUGCACUCCAAUUCCGAUAUAUUGAGAAACGAAAUGAAUACGGCGAUCGCAUUGGAAAGGUCAAGCCGUAUUUAAUCGACCUCGAGAGUGCUAAUGGGUCUACUGUGAAUAAGGAACAAAUUCCGGCGGGUCGUUAUGUUGAGGUUAUGGACAAGGACGUGAUGGGAUUCGGCACAAGUACCCGCGAGUAUGUGCUCAUGUUGCCGAAAUGA